AUGCGGUUUUCUUUUUUCAUCACCACCUUUCUUCUCCUGAUCUCAGGAUCUUUGGCUGUCAGGCAGCGUGAUGGGCGUCAUUCAAAUACCCCAUCCAGAAAGUUCCACGCAGGCCCGGACCGAGCUUUUAGAGCCCCAUUUCGAGCUCACCCUGAGAAGACUUCAAACAGGGCAGAUCGUUUGUCCAAGAGGGCUGGCCCUGCCAAGAAGGCUGGCCCUGCUAAGAAGGAGACGGGGCGCAUUUCCGGGAACGGAGGCAUUUCUAAGCCAGGGAAGGAGAAAAAGCAGCCGACAUGCUCAGCAGGAAUGAUGGGUAAUGGAAAGUGCAAAGAGCUCAAAGAUCCCAAAGGAACCCGUAGGUCUGCUAAAGACAGACCUUGUCACAAGGAAUACCCGUGUAGCCUCCAUGGGACAGCAUGCGGGUGGAUGACCAGUACGGAUGGAAAGGAUAUAGUCCAGUGCGGCCCCAAAGUCCAGACAAAGCGAAUCGUGUGA